AUCCAAAAAUAAAGAAGAGAGAAGCGAGAGAAUAGAAAAUAGAAAAAGAAAAAAAUUGGCGUUGAUUUGUUUUUCCUUUCAACGAAAGUCCGAACCGAACACGACAGGUUCAAGCUAUAGCAGUACCCAAAACCCUAGCUAAUCUCAGUAGUGAGUAAGUGAAACGCACUGUGUUUGUAGGACUUGAAGCGUGGCUGCAUUAAGUUAUCCGAUUCCAAGCUUACAAUUUCUUUCGGAUCUUUGCAAUGGCGGAAUCAUUGCAAUCUCUCGUUUCCCUCUCAGAAUUGGUUUCCACUUCCUCCACUAACCAACGUGUUAGGAUAUUCCGUCGCGAAAUUCCCGCGUUCUUGAGUUCCUACGCCUCAGAAAUGUCAACCGAGCUCGCUUCGCUACUUACCGAUAUAGUGUUCCGAACGGUUGCGAUUUACGAUGAUCUCAGAUCGAGGAAAGCGGUCGAUGAAGUGAUUGUGAGAGCGUUAGGGGAAGAGGUGUUCAUGAAGACCUUCGCAGGAGCUCUAGUUCAGAAUAUGGAAAAGCAAUCCAAGUCUCAAUCUCAUGUUGGAUGCUAUAGACUUCUCAGUUGGUCGUGUUUACUUCUGAGCAAGAGCCAGUUCGCCGCGCUUUCCAAGAAUGCUUUGUGUAGAGUGGCUGCGGCGCAAGCUUCUUUGCUUAGUAUAGUCUUGCAAAGGUCUUUUCGUGAGGGAAGGGCUUGCAGGAAAAAAUUUUUCCAUUUGUUUUCCCAGUCACUUAAUAUCUAUAAAGUCUACAUGGAAGAGCUGAGAAAUGGACGAAUUCCUUUCAAGGAUUGUCCUGAAUUAUUAAUGUUCUUGCUGGAGUUCUCAUUUCAAUCUCCCUCUUUAGUUGUGGAAUUCAAGCCAACGUUUCUUGAUAUAUAUGUUAGUGCGAUACUGAGUGCAAAAGAAAAGCCUGGAAAGAGUCUUACUGAGGCAUUUCGUGUUCUUUAUUUGCAAAUGUCACAUGAAGAUUUUCAAAAUAUUGUUGUACCAUCUUCUGUUAAAAUGCUAAAACGCAAUCCGGAGAUUGUGUUGGAGUCUGUUGGCAUUCUUUUGAAGUCUGUUAACCUUGAUCUGAGUAAAUACGCAGCUGAAAUUCUUUCAGUAGUAUUAGCACACAGUCGGCAUGCUGAUGAAGGGAGGAGGGAUGGGGCACUGUCUAUAGUCAGGAGUCUGAGCCAAAAAUCUAGUAAUCCAGAUGAUUGGAACAAUGUUCAAUGCUAUCAAGCUGUUAUAAAGGUAUUAAAUUGCCUUAUGUUGGUAUAUUUGGUGGUUAUAUGCCAGUUAGACCAUUUGGUGAUGUGGGGGUUAUCUUGAUUUUUGGUUGACAAU